AGUUUUGGGGAGUUCCUUCAGUUUUGCAUUGAGGUGCGCGCCGCCCCGCUAUGCCAGCUUGUGGCUUAACCUCUCUGAGCUUCCUUUUCGGAAUGUGCCAGAAGUUGAAGAAGGCUAGCGGGCUGAGUUGCAGAACAACUGCCAAUUCUGCGGACCCACUACAGCCUGAAAGGGCGGGGUCAGAGGUGGGCCGAGCCAUACAAGCGCCAUCUGACCGGCCUGGCCAAUGGCGUGCGGGGGGCGGGCCCGAGACGGGGCAGGGCCGGGCGGAGGCGGGGCCAGAGGCGCGGACUCUCCAGCGAUGGACGAACCGAGCCUCCUGCGGCGCCGAGGGCUCCAGAAGGAGCUGAGCCUGCCACGCCGGGGCCGGGGCUGUCGCAGUGGGAACCGCAAGAGCCUAGUGGUGGGGACACCCUCGCCUACUCUGUCCCGGCCCCUGUCACCACUGUCUGUCCCAACUGCAGGCAGCAGCCCCUUGGACAGUCCUCGAAACUUCUCUGCAGCAGCAGCCAUCAACUUCCCCUUUGCCCGGAGGGCUGAUGGCAGAAGAUGGUCUCUGGCUUCUCUGCCGUCUUCUGGCUAUGGAACCAACACGCCCAGCUCCACGGUCUCGUCAAGCUCAUCCUCCCGGGAACGGCUGCACCAGCUUCCCUUCCAGCCCACUGCAGACGAGUUGCACUUCCUGUCCAAGCACUUCCGCAGCUCCGAGAGCGUGGUGGAUGAAGACGGUGGCCGAUCACCACGCCUGCGCCCCCGAUCCCGCAGCCUCAGCCCGGGGCGCACAUCAGGAACCUUCGACAAUGAGAUUGUGAUGAUGAACCACGUGUACCGAGAACGAUUCCCCAAGGCCACUGCACAAAUGGAGGGGCGGCUACAGGAUUUCCUGGCUGCCUUUACCCCUGGUGGCCGCCUGGCACUAGCAGAUGGGGUCCUGGGCUUCAUCCACCACCAGAUUGUGGAGCUGGCACGGGACUGCUUGGCCAAGUCAGGCGAGGCACUGGUGACCUCACACUACUUCCUGGAGAUGCAGGACAAGCUGGAGAGGCUACUGCAGGAUGCUCUGGAGCGCUCAGACAGUGAGGAGGUGGGCUUCAUCGUGCAGCUGGUGCGCAAACUGCUCAUCAUCAUAGCGAGGCCUGCCAGGCUGCUAGAGUGUCUAGAGUUUGACCCCGAGGAGUUCUACCACCUGCUGGAGGCGGCUGAGGGUCAAGCCCGGGAGGACCAAGGUGUCAAGACCGACCUUCCCCGCUACAUCAUCCGCCAGCUGGGCCUGGCCAAGGACCCUCUGGAAGAGAUUGUGCCCCUCCGUGACCUGGACGAGGGCCAGCCUCCAGCACCAGAGUCCCCAGAGGUCACUGACAAGGGCCGAGCCCUGGGUUGCCCUUCUCGGAGGAAGCCAUGUGAGAGUGACUUCGAGACCAUCAAACUCAUCAGCAAUGGGGCCUAUGGGGCUGUCUACCUGGUGCGACACCGAGACACCCGGCAGCGCUUUGCCAUCAAGAAGAUCAACAAGCACAACCUGAUCCUGCGGAACCAGGUGCAGCAGGUGUUUGUGGAGCGUGACAUCCUGACCUUUGCCGAGAACCCCUUUGUGGUCGGCAUGUUCUGUUCCUUUGAGACCCGCCGCCACCUAUGCAUGGUCAUGGAGUACGUGGAAGGUGGUGACUGCGCCACGCUCCUCAAGAACAUGGGCCCCCUGCCUGUGGACAUGGCGCGCAUGUACUUUGCAGAGACUGUGCUGGCGCUGGAGUACUUGCACAACUACGGAAUCGUGCACAGGGACCUCAAGCCUGACAACCUGCUCAUCACCUCCCUGGGCCACAUCAAGCUGACAGACUUUGGCCUGUCAAAGAUUGGGCUCAUGAGCAUGACUACCAACCUGUACGAGGGUCACAUCGAGAAGGACGCCCGAGAGUUCGUGGACAAGCAGGUGUGCGGAACCCCCGAGUACAUUGCACCUGAGGUGAUCUUCCGACAGGGCUAUGGAAAGCCAGUGGACUGGUGGGCUAUGGGCAUCAUCCUCUACGAGUUCUUGGUGGGCUGCGUGCCAUUCUUUGGGGACACCCCUGAGGAGCUGUUUGGGCAGGUGAUCAGUGAUGAGAUCAUGUGGCCAGAAGGAGAUGAGGCCCUCCCACCCGAUGCCCAGGACCUCAUCACCCGGCUGCUGCGCCAGAGCCCAAUGGACCGCCUGGGGACCGGUGGUACCCAUGAGGUAAAGCAGCACCCCUUCUUCCUGGCCCUGGACUGGGCUGGGCUCCUGCGACAUAAGGCGGAGUUUGUCCCACAGCUUGAAGCCGAGGACGACACCAGCUACUUUGAUACACGCUCUGAGCGUUACCGCCACCUGGGCUCAGAGGAGGACGAUGAGACUAAUGAUGAGGAGUCCUCGGCAGAGAUACCCCAGUUCUCCUCCUGUUCCCACCGCUUCAGCAAGGUCUAUAGCAGCUCUGAGUUCCUGGCUGUCCAGCCCACCCCCACCUUCGUGGAGAGGAGCUUCAGCGAGGACCAAGAGGAAGAGUGGGAGCGCAGCGAGGGGGAGAAUGGCCGCCGACUGAGCACUGACCUCCGGAUGAGGUCCUGGACCUCAGCCUCCUCCUGUCAAUCAUCCUCACAGCCUGACCGUGGCCCUAGCCCAUCUUUGUUAAAUACCAUCAGUCUGGACACAAUGCCCAAGUUUGCCUUUUCAUCUGAGGAUGAGGGAGCGGGCCCCAGCCCUGCCGACCCCAAGAAGCCUGUCUUCAUCCUUGGGGAGCCUGAUGCCCCACCACCCACCAUCCCAGUGACACCCAAACUCUGCAACCUUUCUGCAGACACAGCCCUCCUCAGCCAUGCCCGCCUCCGAAGUAACAGCACUGGUGCCAGGCACUCAACUCCUUGGCCCCUAGAUGCUGGGCGGGGCCGUCGUCUCGGGGGCCCUGAGAAGUCCCGGGCCUCCCCUGGAGGCAGCGGGGGACGUGUGCCUAAGUCAGCCUCUGUGUCAGCACUGUCCCUCAUCAUCACAACAGAUGAUGGUAGCGGGGGCCCCCUCAUGAGCCCCCUGUCUCCACACUCACUGCCUUCCAAUCCCUCGUCCCGAGACUCCUCGCCCAGCCGGGACCCAUCGCCCGUGUGUGGUAGCCUUCGACCCCCCAUCGUCAUCCACAGCUCAGGCAAGAAGUUCGGCUUCAGCCUGCGAGCCAUCCGUGUCUACAUGGGUGACAGUGACGUGUAUGCCGUGCACCAUGUGGUCUGGAGUGUGGAGGAGGGGAGCCCGGCACAGGAGGCUGGCCUGCGUGCAGGGGACCUCAUCACACACGUCAAUGGAGAGUCGGUCUUGGGCCUCGUGCACACCGACGUGGUGCAGCUGCUGCUAAAGAGUGGUACCAAGAUCUCCCUGCGCACCACAGCGCUGGAGAAUACAUCCAUCAAGGUGGGGCCAGCAAGGAAGAACGUCACCAAAGGCCGCAUGGCUAGAAGGAGCAAGCGCAGCCGUCGGCGGGAGGACCGGCGGAAGUCACUGUUUAAGAAGAUGUCCAAGCCCUCGUCCAUGCUGCACACCAGCCGCAGCUUUUCCUCUGGUCUGCAGCACUCUCUGUCGUCCAGCGAGAGCCUCCCAGGCUCGCCUACCCACAGCCUGUCCCCCAGUCCCACCACACCUUGCCGCAGCCCGGCUCCUGAUGCCACUGCAGAUACAGCGUCCCCACCCAGUGUAUCCCCGAGUUCUAGCAGUCCUGCCUCUCCAGCUGCUGGCCACACCCGCCCCAGCUCACUACACGGCCUGGCUGCCAAGCUCGGGCCCCCUCGUCACAAAAGUGGCCGCCGCAAGUCUACCAGCAGCAUUCCGCCGUCCCCACUGGCCUGCCCAAUGAUGCCCACAGCCCCGCCCCGCUCACCAUCACCUCUGCCAGGGCACAUUCCCAUGCCUGCCCGGUCCCCAAAGCUGCGCCGGGGCCAGUCAGCCGACAAGUUGGGCCUUGGUACUAGUGAGCGGCUGGAGGGGGACGGAGGGAGACACAGCCGGGGGCCAGAGGCUGAGCUGGUCAUCAUGAGGAGGCUGCAUCUAUCUGAGCGCCGAGACUCCUUCAAGAAGCAGGAGGCUGUGCAGGAGGUGAGCUUCGACGAGGAGCCUGGGCCACAGCGCCUCGUGCCUCGGAUUGCCGUGCAGAUCACAGUGCAAAGCGCUGAGGCCUCACCAGGAGCCCCAGGGCCAGGCACAAAAGACUAGCGCCACCUCGCUCCCUUGUGCUGCGUCCUUUGUAACAUCUUGGCUUGGUGGGUCACAGCUGUCAGCCCAGGAUACCUGGCAGGCAAGAGGCUACCAGGAGGGAGGGUGAACACAGGACUCCCUGGUAUUCUGCUCUGGGACCCUUGCAGGACGGGCUGGGGGCGGGGUGUUGUAAAUAGCAGGCCCUUGCAACUAAUUUAUUACUUUUUAUAAGCAAUAGCCAGGCUGCACCGCCCUGGUGAGGCCAUGGCCUGGGCUGGGCUGGCGGGGUGCAAACCCUGUUCUCUGGGUCUAGAUGGAAGCACUUUGGGCAAGUCUCUGUGCUGUUGUCUUUCUGUUGUGUGUGCCCCAUUCCCAGUCUGAUACCUCGUCAAAGAACACAGUGGGCCUAGUUUGCACAGGAUUAGGAAGCAGUGCACGUUGGUGCACGCCUGUGAUCACAGCACUGGAGGCUGAGGCAGGAGGAUCACAAGCCCAAUCAGACUCAAUUGUGAGGAUCAUCUCUCUUUUCUGAGCCCAGUCUGUCUUUGAUCCUGCAUCCUUCAGCUUGGAGAAGAUGUGGGAGCAAGGGUUUUUGUUUGUUUGGUCUUUUUGAGACAGGGUCUCUCUGUAACCCCAGCUGUCCUGGAACUCACUAUGCAGACCAGGCUGGCCUUGAACUCACAGAGAUCCGCCUGCCUCUGCCUCCUGAGUGCUGGGAUCAAAGGCACGUGCCACCACGCCCAGCAAGGGAGCAAGGGUUUUAAUGGCUCAAUAAGAGUUCACCAGAUUGAGGCAGAGGGGCUGCCUACUUUGCAAGGGGUCUGACCCUUUGGGAGGCACAGACUCAAGGGACACCAUCAAGGCAGGAGAGGUGUGUCUACUGUGGGGUUUGAGCAUAGCUCAGGAGCAGAGCACUUGCCCAGCAUGUGUGAGUACCACGUCUGAUCUCCAGCACCACACACACAAAACCCAGAAAAAAAUGUGUCCACUGUGACAGGUUCUGUGUGUUUGGUACCAAGAAAAGCAAGGCCCAGACUGCAGUGUGGUCUCUCUCUGGGUGUCAAAGCCUCCCUGAGAUGAAGUCCAGAGAGAAUCCAGCUGAGGGGAGGGGCGAACCUGCACCCAGGCUUUGAUGUGUGGAUCUGGGAGAGUCUUUCCCACUGUUUCUGAGCUGUCUCUGUUUACAGUACUAAUCCCAAUGACUGGAGCACUUCUCCUGGCUGCCAGCCUUGGCACAGUGUGGUCCGAGCAGCCAGGAUCCAGCAAGGCCAGAGGUUCCUCUAACAAUGGCUCAAUGAGCACCACAGCUUAGAGCUGCUGCUUGGCCCUGCUGUGGGCACUGUCAUCAGGGGAGCUUGAAUGAAUGAACUGGUGUGAGACCAGGCUGUCUCUCAGGUGCCCCAGCAGUGGGUUGUGGGUGCUUGGUGACCUGGCUGUGCCCACUUGGUGAGGGGAUUUCAGGCACUCCAGCCUGCUUUGCACCCUUCCUGAUUCCCCCAGCCAGAGCUGCCUGGGUGGAGGGAAGGCCAAGGCUGUGCAUGACUAGCCCUCCGUCCAUCCUGGAGCUGGCUUUGAAUAAAUGCCCUCAUGACCAUGAA